AUGUGGAAUAAUGCCAUGGCAACCAUCCAAUCAGAAGUGCUGGGAAUCUAUCCAUUGCACGCUGAGCUCCAGAUCACAACACUGGCCCUAUUUCUCAGCAUAGCCAGCCAGAUCACAACACUGGCCCUAUUUCUCAGCAUGGCCAGCCAGCCGAAUCAUGCGCAAAUGCCUGGGAGAGAUGCAGUAAAGGAGGGUACCUCAUCCAUUGUGAACCUGGGCCCUGAGGAUGGUACACAAUCCCCACAGAGUCACCAGCCAGAAGUUAAAAAUCUCCCUGAGACAGGGGAGAGGGACGGAGUCUAUGGUUUAUCCGGCCUGUGUGACUACCUGCUGAAGUACAGUCUCUUCACAAGUAACCUGCUCUUUACUGCUCUGGGUCUGGUCACUCUGGUCCUGGGUCUGUGGGGUCUGGUGGCUAAAGAGAGCUUUGCCCAGGAAAAGAUUGGUGGCAUUGGGACUGAUCCCAUGUUCCUGUUUGUCUUUCUGGGGUUCGUGCUGUCGUUGCUCUGUCUCACGGGCUGUGUUGGAGCUCUGAGGGAGAACAGCUGCCUGCUCCGUUCUUUCUCCGCGGCUGUGCUGAUUCUGGUCACGGCACAGGUUCUAGUCGCCAUUGUGGCCUACAGCCUUCAGGGCCAGAUCGUGGGCUUGAUGCGGUCCGGAAUUUUGGCCGCCAUGGUCCGUUACCAGGAUGACCUGGACCUGAGGUUCAUCACGGAUGAAAUACAGACGGGUUUGCAGUGCUGUGGAGCAGACAACUACCGUGACUGGGAAAUCAACAUCUAUUUUAACUGCUCAGCCCCUGGCAUCCAAGCCUGUAGCGUGCCUCCCUCAUGCUGUGUGGACCCUAUGGAGAAUGGAACAGUCUGGAACUCCCAGUGUGGUGUGGGGGCUCAGCAGCUGGAUGAGUUCUCCGCUCAGAGUGUGAUCUUUCUGGGAGGCUGCCUCGGAGGCAUGUCCCGCUGGAUUCAGCAGCAUUCCGGACUCAUCGGAACCGUAGCCAUCGUUCUUUUAGGGGUUCAGAUCCUAACUCUUAUCGUAACUGCACGACUGUUGGAUAAAAUUCAGUGGAGUAAGGCAAUAGCAAGACAAGCCGUUCGACAGUCGUGA